AUGCUGGGGCUCCACUCGUGGCCUUGCUCGCUUCUCCUCCUCCCGGCUCUGCUCUCGGCCAGCGUUCACUCUGUGUCCCUACCGGGACACAGGCUACAGAUGCUCCUUUCCCAGUUGCUGCCCCUGGACACGGAAUCUAUGCUGGCUGAAGAGGACACGAAGGAAGGGUCCAGCUUUGGACUUCCAUCACCCUCCUCCGCGCUCCCUUUCCUCCCAUCUGGGGCCAGAGCCGCCCGGCUCUCGCUCUGGCGCAAGGCUCUGGCCAGUCGCAAGUGGGCGCUGGCUGGGGAGUGGGCCUGGAAGGCCAUGCCCAGGGGCUGCUUUGGASUGAAAAUGGACCGGAUCGGGACCUUCAGUGGUUUGGGGUGCUAG